GAUGUCUCAUCAAAUGGAAAACUCAAAACAAUUGAUUGUGAUAAUAGGCCUAACCGUUGUGCUAUCAACCUACGAAUGGAAGACAGAUGGUUGCUCUAAGACGCUUAAAAUUCAUUUAAUUGUCUACUUAUGUUCGAAAUGUCUCAAUUUCUUUGUCGAACUAGUCAUUGGUGUAUUAAGUACUCGUGGGACUAUUUUGGACACGGAUAAACGGCAAGCAAUAAGACCAGCCCUAUAUAUUAGAUUAGGUUUAUAUAUCUGUGAGGUAGGUUGGUUGACAUACAGUUCGGUUUGGAUUGGCACGAAUUAUACAAGUUGUGAGGAAAUCGAAGCUAAGCGAACUAUUCUUGGAGUUGUAGUUUUCAACUGGGUGGUGAUUUUUGCAGUCAUCCUAGCCUUAUGGUGCUCCUUUGAUUCCGGUGGGAGAAAAGCAACGAGAGCCUACCAGCAAUCUUGGGACAAACGGUGUGGACUUUUCUUUUGCUGCAUCAAGGACGAACAUAACAGAAACUCUUUCAGCGAAGUCGCAAAAUUAUUUACGGACUUCUUUCGAGAUCUCGAUGUAGUUCCAUCAGAUAUUAUCGCCGGUCUAGUUUUACUUCGACAGCAUCAGAAGAAUAAACAAAAGUAUAUAAUUUCACGGAAGAAGGAUGAUGUAUUCGACUACUUAUCAGGCGUUCCCAUUACUCCACAAAGCAAAUUUUUGAAUUUACAAGUUGCGGAAGAAAAACUACGAUUUGAUAAAAUUGUUCUAUAUAUGCGUUAUGCUAUGGCUGCCUAUGGCUGGCCUAUGUUUUGUUUUAAUAAUCCAUUCACGGGUUUGUGCAGAAUUUUACCCGAUUUGAGAUGCUGCUGCAGCAAAAAGCCUGACUGCGAAGUGAUAGAUGAUAAUUGUUGUUUGUGUAAUUUAACGGCCAUAAAGAAAGUCGACGGUUUACAAAACAUCGAAUUGGUUUACGCAAAUUAUCACGUAGAUAUUGAGGAGACGCCGUUUUACGUGGCUCUUGAUCAUAAUGAGAAAGUUGUUGUUGUUGCCGUAAGGGGAACAUUAUCUUUAAGAGAUGUCUUAACCGAUUUGAAAGCGGAUGCGGAACCACUGCCCCUUGAUCCAGUCGACGAAGAAUGGCUCGGACAUAAGGGAAUGGUACAAACUGCCCUUUACAUCCGUAAUAAGUUGCAAGAAGACAAUGUACUAAAGAAAGCUUUUAAUAAAUAUCCGGAAAAGGCAACGAAAGAUUACGAUCUCGUAUUAGUUGGUCACUCGUUAGGGGCAGGAACAGCAGCUAUUCUAGCUGUUUUAUUAAAAAAAGAAUACCCUAGUUUACAUUGUUACGCUUUCGCUCCUCCGGGUGGUUUACUCAGUAAAAUUUGUGUGGAGAAGACAAAACAUUUUAUAACAUCGUGCGUUCUUGGCAAAGAUGUUGUUCCACGAAUAGGUUUAUCUCAGCUAGAGGUUUUGCGAAAUGAUCUAAUAAAUGUAAUCAAGACUUGUAAAAGUACAAAAUGGAAAGUUAUAGGGGGGAAUUUAUUUUGUUGUUGCUGCUGUAAAGAUUCGGGUGUUGCUGAGGAUACAAUGACUGUGUUUGAUCAGGAAGAAAAAACGAGGGGAAAAGGAUUCAUUCAUCCUAGGGAUAAAGAUGUAAGUAUGGAACAGCAAUCAUUUAGACUAAAAUAUGCUAAAAGCAAGAGUCAACAGAUUCAUUUGAGCACGCAUCAAGCUCUACAUCCGCCCGGUAGUAUUCUGCAUAUUGUACGCAAUCAUUCAUCUAAGAAAGGAUGUCGGAACAAAAAUCCGUUAUAUAAUGGCGUUUGGGUAAAUAACGACGACUUCGACGAAGUCCUCAUUUCUCCUACAAUGCUUAACGAUCAUAUGCCUCACAUCAUGUUGAAAGCACUUCAACAGGUUACCACCCCCGAGCCCAUCAUUCACGACGAAACUCAAGGUCUACUUGAACAACCCAAUCUUAGUUGGGAUGAUGCAUAUCACCACGGAGGUUGCUCAACUGACGCUCCUCUUGCAGCGCAAGAAUCUUUCACGGACCAGACGCCUCAAACAACAUUUGAGGAAUCUCAACGUUUAUCAGUUGUGCUGGAAACUGAUCCCAUUGCCCAAUCAACCCCUAUGCAAACAGAAACUUUAUUUCCGGUUCGACCGUCCUCUGACAACAGCUGUCGACAAGUUCUCUUUCAGACGGAACCAUCCUUCGACAUGACAGCAGAAGAAAAAAGAAUCGAAGAGAAGCUAAAAGAAGCUGAACAAGGAUACAAACUAGCCUUUGACAACGAUAUGUCCUACGAGCGUCAUUCGCCGGAUUCGUCUUCGAAUCAGUUGGCCUACGAUGGUGUAAAUAACCACUACAGUUCGGCUGGUAGAGGCUAUCCGCACGGUGCUUAUUUAUCAGAAACGGAAACAAAACUGCUGUUAAAUGAUAGUCCUAUAACAGACGUUUGA